CAACCAUUCAUUUUUAGUUUGAGUAGAUCAAUCAAAUUGGUGAACUCGUUAAUGAGCCGAAUUUGAACUCAAUUCAUUUUCUAGUGAGUUAACUUUAUUCUCGUUAAACUUAAUUAGGCCAAAACUUAACUUAUCUCUACUCUUUAACUUUAUUCUCCAGCCCACUAUUUGGCCCAUUUAGAUUGUUGCGGCCCAUAGAAGAGCACUGGAUCAAUAGAUCCCCAUUCACUUGUUUGGGCUUCUGAUCAGGAAUAGUUUAUGUACCAGUUUGGGUUUCAGCCACUUGAAGUUUAUGCCCAGCAGGUGUAAAGGUUCAGAAAAAUCAAAGAGUGUUUGUUCUCUAGAAGGAGAAUUCUGUAAAUUGAUCUAAAUCGGAAAAUCCCCAAUUCGAAGCUUUCCAGUUUCCACGGUUCCUCUCCGCACCGCCUCGUCCUCUUUGACCUAGUCCUCCUGCUUCUCGGUCUUGAUCUUCCUUUCCAUCGAUUUCUGACCGGCUUCCCUUCAAGGCGUUCCGUUCCGUCUGAAGAACAACUACCCCACGGUUACGAAUUUACAGGGUUCCGGCACUCGCCGAUCGACGACCAUGGAAAACCACAGAGUCGCGGAUUGGACGGCGUUCCAGAUCUUUGCGAGGCUUCUCGAUGGGAAGACAGCUACCCUGCGAUUCGCAGCGCCGCAAGCCUACACUCACGAAAUCAAGCGCCGAAUCUUCGAGAUCACCAGAAUCCCUGUUGGAUACCAGAGGCUUGUCAGCGGCGGCCGCCAGCUCGAUGACGAUUCCGUCGUCUCGACGCCGGAGUGCAGCGUUCACCUCUUGAUCGGCCUCCGUGGCGGGAAGGGAGGCUUCGGCUCGCUUCUUCGUGGCGCCGCCACCAAGGCCGGGCAGAAGAAGACGAACAAUUUCGACGCCUGCCGGGACAUGAGCGGUAGAAGGCUGCGGCAUGUGAAUGCUGAAAAGAGGUUGGAGGAGUGGAAAGCGGGAGAGGCGGAGAGGAGGCUGGAGAAAGUUGCAGACGACUUUCUCAAGAAGAAUGCGAAGAAGAAUGCGAAGAAGGGGAACGGGGAUGGAGAAGCCGCGAAGUACGUGGCUAAAUACAGAGAGGAUUCUGAUAAGUGUGUGGCAGAGGUUGAGGAUGCCGUGAGAGAGGCUUUUAGUAAUGGGAGUGGGAAACGAAAGGGGAAGUUCCCCAUUAAGGACGCCAAGAAGUUGAAGAAUUGGUUGGGGAAGAAGAUGUUGGGUGUAAGUGAUUCUGAAGACUCAGAUGAUGACAGUGAGGGUGAGGGAACUGAGAAAUCUGUUAUACUGAAUGGCGGGAGUAAUUCAGAUCCUAAUUCAGACUCGGUUUCUGAUUGGAAGCAAAACGUAGAAUGUUCUACUUCUGCUUCUGGUGAGAGUGGUAGGGAGGAAGAGAAAGAGGUUGCCGAGGGGCACAACAGUAAGUCAAGUUCUCAAAGAGAUGCUAUCAAUGACAUGGAGAUGGUAGCUGAACCUGACACUUGCUCCGAGGUAGCAGCACAUAGUCCCACUGUCACUGGCUUGGAGGUUGCUAAAGCUUCUGGACCUGAUGAAAUGACAAUGGAACGUCGAGAGAUCCCCUGUUCCGAGAAUGUGGAAGUUACAGCAGACAACCUAGUUAUUGGUGUGACAAAUGGUCCUGGAGACUUAAAAGCAGAUAAGGAGGAAGAAAUUGUAGUUGCAGAGACGAGUAAUGCUGAUUUGGAGAAGCAGCUAAAUCUUGAAGAUUUCACUUCACCUACUGAUUUGGAGGUUCUGGGAUUGGAGAAGCUGAAGACGGAACUGCAAGCCCGUGGUCUGAAAUGCGGAGGCACUCUCCAAGAGCGAGCGGCGAGGCUUUUCCUCCUCAAGUCGACCCCUCUAGAUAAACUACCUAAGAAGCUGCUCGCCAAGAAAUGAACCCUCUUGAUUUUACUGCCUCCAUGAACAAAGGAAAGGUACCAUCCUUCCUUCAAAAUGUAUUGUAAAGUGACGUUUUUUUGUUGUUGGAAGUUUUAAUGUCCUCUUGAUCAGAAGGGUGAGAUAAACAAUAUGUGUACUCUGAUGGUAUUCUCUUAUAAUGACUUAGCCAGACCAGAUGUGGAUUGGAUCACUUACUAUUGUCGAGUCUUUCUGUCAUAGAAAUGACGAUUGUGCACAAGCAAUUACGAACUGGUUGGCACUUUGGACCAAAGGGUGGGAAUCUAGUAUUGGUUCUUUGGUUAGACUGAAAUAAAAUCAAUCGGGAAAAAAAAAGAAGCGACUUUAGAUGAUUGAUCCUUCCAAGAAGAUAAUAUGUACACAUGAAACACUAGCAUUCAAGAUGAUGAAUUUCAAGAAGGAUGUAUUGAAUCGCAACAUGCGAGAUGUUGAAUUCCAAUAAUAAUGUAUGGACUUCUCGAAAGAACGUUUUCACAAAAUGGUUAAUGAUGCUUAUUGACCGACUGUGUUUGCAUUAUAGUUACCACUUCGAUAUGGAUCAAAUCAUUUGUAUUGUUACUAUAACCAAUUCUAAAAAAGAAGAAGUGAGUCGAGGAUGGUCAUUCAAUCCUAAAUAGGUAGCUCCAGUAACAAGUAAACAUGGCACAAUCUGUAGUAAGUGGAAUAUAAAAAUGCGAGCAUGACUUAAUGGAUCUUAAAUGAGUGAGAAGAGAGCCGAAUCUCAUAACCCUUUUAGUAGUUUUCCAAGUACCAGUUUCAAUUUUUAUUUUCAAGUUUUGUUUCCCAAACACAAUAAUUUGUUUUCUUUAGUUUUUGUCUUUAAUUGUCACUCACAAAAAAGAAAUGGUUUCUAAACAAAUUCAGCUUUUAGCUUGCAUUUCAGACAUUUUUUUUAUGAUUUCAUAAAUGAAUAUAAUGAAAAACUUGAAAAAUUAAAAUUUCAAAGGAUGCAAUUUACAUUUCAUGAACCGAACUGGACAGGCACUGGUCCAACCAGAAGUCCGGACUGAAUUCCAGUCGGUUACUACUUACUAUUUAGUUAAGCGGAGAGCGCCCCGUGUAAGAAAAGGGUAAAUCAUUGUUGUCGUUCAAGUUCCGAGUCGCUAAUUCUCGAAGUUUAGAGAGAUUAGCAGUCUCUCAUCACCUGCUUCCUCCUCGCGUGUUCCCCUCUGGCUGCGCUUCCUGCACGAAGCUCCACUGCAAGCCGUACGGCCGCUUCUGCUUCCGUUGGAGCUCUCGGUCGUUUCCUUCUUAAAGCGAAACUGCAAAAGCUGACUUGAACCCUUUGUCUGAGAAGCCAGAAGACACAGCGAAAGGUACAUCAAAUCUCUGCGAGCCAAGAGGUUUAUGUAGUUUCCAAUUCUCUUGUUAUCCUGUUGCUGCGUGUUUGUCUUGUUAGUAGAGACGGACUCUAGGUUUCGCUUUCCUUCCCCUGGGUUCUAAACAAUUAACUGGCGUUCACUGUUUAGAGUCUAGGGUUUAGUUCUCGAUCGUGUAAAAUACGUGUCUUGAAUUUGGAGAUGCGGUUAUUCAGAGCUUUUCGGUAGGGUUUCUGCCGAGUGUAGGUGUGGGGUGUCUGUUUGAAUGGCUCAUAGUUGCCUUGCAGAGGGGAAUGGAGAUAGAUGUUAAAGAUUUUUACACUCUUGGAAGACAAAAGAUUAGUUACAGAAUCACACAGCUGGCAUUAGGUGAGAGUUGCUUAUUAAGUGAAAAGACGACAUCUUGAAUAUGAACGGUAGGUCAGAGAGUUGAGGCUUCGUGGUGGAAAGGUGCUAACAUAUCCCUUGGGUCGCAGUGGAAGUUUUUUCUGAAUAUGGAACCUUCAGCUUGCUGCCUUUUCCUUCAUAAUUCUUAAAUCAUGUGCUUGCCAUAAAUCGGGCUAUAUUUUGCAGGGAUGACGUCGAAUAUAAUACUCUUCGAGGACAUUUUUGUUGUUGGCGAGAUCAACCCAGAUGGUAAAAAAUUCGAUAAAGGUAU